UUGCGCGCUUCCUGGUUUUGGCAACGCAGAGCGGACGUCGGCUUGCCGCCAUUGCCCUGCAGUGAAGCGGAUGUCUGUGUGAGGGGCUGUGGGGAUUCUCCGGGUAUGGCCGGAGUAUUUCCUUACCGAGGGCCGGGUAACCCGGUGCCUGGCCCUCUAGCCCCGCUGCCAGACUACAUGUCGGAGGAGAAGCUUCAGGAGAAAGCCCGAAAAUGGCAGCAAUUGCAGGCCAAGCGCUAUGCGGAAAAGCGGAAGUUUGGAUUUGUGGAUGCUCAAAAGGAAGACAUGCCUCCGGAACAUGUCAGGAAGAUCAUUCGAGACCAUGGAGACAUGACCAACAGGAAGUUUCGCCAUGACAAAAGGGUGUACUUGGGUGCCCUCAAGUACAUGCCUCACGCAGUCCUCAAACUCCUGGAGAACAUGCCUAUGCCUUGGGAGCAGAUUCGGGAUGUGCCUGUGCUGUACCACAUCACUGGAGCCAUUUCCUUUGUCAAUGAGAUUCCCUGGGUCAUUGAACCUGUCUACAUCUCCCAGUGGGGGUCAAUGUGGAUUAUGAUGCGUCGAGAAAAAAGAGACAGGAGGCAUUUCAAGAGGAUGCGUUUCCCCCCUUUUGAUGAUGAGGAGCCGCCUUUGGACUAUGCUGACAACAUCCUAGAUGUUGAGCCACUGGAGGCAAUUCAGCUAGAGCUGGACCCUGAGGAAGAUGCCCCUGUGUUGGACUGGUUCUAUGACCACCAGCCAUUGAGGGACAGCCGGAAGUAUGUGAAUGGUUCCACUUACCAACGCUGGCAGUUCACACUGCCUAUGAUGUCCACUCUCUACCGCCUGGCCAAUCAGCUCCUGACAGACUUGGUAGAUGACAAUUACUUCUAUCUGUUUGAUCUGAAGGCCUUUUUUACCUCCAAGGCACUCAAUAUGGCCAUUCCUGGAGGCCCCAAAUUUGAGCCUCUUGUCCGAGACAUCAACCUACAGGAUGAAGACUGGAAUGAAUUCAAUGAUAUUAACAAGAUCAUCAUCCGGCAGCCCAUCCGCACUGAGUACAAGAUUGCUUUUCCUUACUUGUACAACAACCUUCCACACCACGUCCACCUUACCUGGUACCACACUCCUAAUGUUGUGUUCAUCAAAACUGAGGAUCCUGAUUUGCCAGCUUUCUACUUUGAUCCUUUGAUCAACCCAAUUUCCCAUAGGCACUCUGUCAAGAGUCAGGAACCAUUGCCAGAUGACGACGAGGAGUUUGAGCUCCCAGAGUUUGUGGAGCCCUUCUUGAAAGACACACCCCUCUACACGGACAAUACAGCCAAUGGCAUUGCCCUGCUUUGGGCCCCACGGCCCUUCAACCUACGCUCUGGUCGCACCCGCCGGGCCCUAGACAUUCCCCUUGUCAAGAACUGGUAUCGGGAGCAUUGUCCUGCUGGGCAGCCUGUGAAAGUGAGGGUCUCCUACCAGAAGCUGCUUAAGUACUAUGUGCUGAAUGCCCUGAAGCACCGGCCCCCUAAAGCACAAAAGAAGAGGUAUCUGUUCCGUUCCUUCAAAGCCACCAAAUUCUUUCAGUCUACAAAGCUGGACUGGGUGGAGGUGGGGCUACAGGUUUGCCGCCAGGGCUACAACAUGCUCAACCUUCUCAUUCACCGUAAAAACCUCAACUAUCUGCACCUGGACUACAACUUCAACCUCAAGCCUGUCAAGACGCUCACCACCAAGGAACGAAAGAAAUCUCGUUUUGGGAAUGCUUUCCAUCUGUGUCGAGAGGUUCUGCGCUUAACUAAGCUGGUGGUGGACAGUCAUGUGCAGUAUCGGUUGGGCAAUGUGGAUGCCUUCCAGCUGGCAGAUGGGUUGCAGUAUAUCUUUGCCCACGUGGGGCAGCUGACGGGCAUGUACCGGUACAAAUAUAAGCUGAUGCGGCAGAUUCGCAUGUGCAAGGACCUGAAGCAUCUCAUCUAUUACCGCUUCAACACGGGCCCUGUAGGGAAGGGCCCUGGCUGUGGUUUCUGGGCUGCUGGCUGGCGGGUCUGGCUGUUCUUCAUGCGUGGCAUCACCCCUUUGCUGGAGCGAUGGCUGGGUAACCUCCUGGCCCGGCAGUUUGAAGGCCGACACUCAAAGGGGGUGGCAAAGACCGUAACAAAGCAGCGAGUGGAGUCACAUUUUGACCUUGAGCUUCGGGCAGCUGUGAUGCAUGACAUUCUGGACAUGAUGCCUGAGGGGAUCAAACAGAACAAGGCCCGGACAAUCCUGCAGCACCUCAGUGAAGCCUGGCGCUGCUGGAAGGCCAAUAUUCCCUGGAAGGUCCCUGGUUUGCCAACACCUAUAGAGAAUAUGAUCCUCCGAUACGUGAAGGCCAAGGCUGACUGGUGGACCAACACUGCUCACUACAACCGAGAACGGAUCCGCCGUGGGGCCACUGUAGACAAGACUGUUUGCAAAAAGAACCUGGGACGCCUCACUCGGCUCUACCUGAAGGCAGAACAAGAGCGGCAGCACAACUACCUAAAGGACGGGCCUUACAUCACAGCAGAAGAAGCGGUGGCAGUGUAUACCACCACUGUGCAUUGGCUGGAAAGCCGUAGGUUCUCACCCAUCCCGUUCCCCCCACUCUCCUACAAGCACGACACCAAGUUGCUCAUCUUGGCCUUGGAGCGGCUCAAGGAAGCUUACAGUGUGAAGUCUCGGUUAAACCAGUCACAGAGGGAGGAGCUAGGUCUGAUCGAGCAAGCCUAUGACAACCCCCACGAGGCAUUGUCCCGCAUCAAGCGUCACCUCCUCACACAGAGAGCCUUUAAAGAAGUGGGCAUUGAGUUCAUGGAUCUCUAUAGCCACCUGGUGCCAGUGUAUGAUGUGGAGCCACUGGAGAAGAUAACUGAUGCCUACCUGGACCAGUACCUGUGGUAUGAAGCUGACAAGCGCCGCCUUUUCCCACCCUGGAUCAAGCCUGCUGACACAGAACCACCUCCUCUGCUUGUUUACAAGUGGUGCCAAGGCAUCAAUAACCUGCAGGACGUGUGGGAGACAAGUGAGGGCGAGUGCAACGUCAUGCUGGAGUCAAGGUUUGAGAAGAUGUAUGAGAAGAUAGAUUUGACCCUGCUUAAUCGGCUGCUGCGCCUCAUCGUAGACCACAACAUAGCCGACUACAUGACAGCCAAGAACAAUGUUGUCAUCAACUACAAGGACAUGAACCAUACGAAUUCAUAUGGGAUCAUCAGAGGCCUGCAGUUUGCUUCAUUCAUCGUACAGUACUAUGGCUUGGUUAUGGAUUUGCUUGUGUUGGGAUUGCACCGGGCCAGUGAGAUGGCUGGGCCCCCUCAGAUGCCAAACGAUUUUCUCAGUUUCCAAGACAUAGCCACUGAGGCUGCCCACCCCAUCCGUCUCUUCUGCAGAUACAUCGAUCGCAUCCAUAUUUUUUUCAGGUUCACAGCAGAUGAGGCUCGGGACCUGAUCCAGCGUUACCUGACAGAGCACCCUGACCCCAACAAUGAAAACAUCGUUGGCUAUAAUAACAAGAAAUGCUGGCCCCGAGACGCCCGCAUGCGCCUCAUGAAGCAUGAUGUCAACUUGGGUCGGGCAGUGUUCUGGGACAUCAAGAACCGUCUGCCACGCUCAGUGACUACAGUUCAGUGGGAGAACAGCUUCGUGUCCGUGUACAGUAAGGACAACCCCAACCUGCUGUUCAACAUGUGUGGUUUUGAGUGCCGCAUCCUGCCUAAAUGCCGCACCAGCUAUGAGGAAUUCACCCACAAGGAUGGGGUCUGGAACCUACAGAAUGAGGUUACUAAGGAGCGAACAGCUCAGUGUUUCCUGCGUGUGGAUGAUGAGUCGAUGCAGCGCUUCCACAACCGUGUGCGUCAAAUUCUGAUGGCCUCUGGCUCCACCACCUUCACCAAGGUACAUACAGCAGUAGUGUUCUUUGUCUGUCUCACAUCCCUUUCAGUUCUUCCCUCCUUUGCUCUCCUUUCUUCCCAACUGUGUCUAGUGUACUAG